UCAUCUGGUAUGACAGUCAUUGAAAGAAUGAUUACUAUUCAAAUUAGCAUUUUCUUUUUUUUCAGUACAUUCUGUACUAUCCAAAGUUCAUUUUCUGAUUUUUUUUUAAAUGAUUAUUGGUCAACUGAGAGUAUGGCUGAACGUGAUGGAUAUACUGUAGAAAUACACAAUGUCACAACUGAGGAUGGAUACAUAUUGACUGUACAACGAAUCCCAGGAAGCGAAGGAGCACAACCAAUUUUACUAGUGCAUGGACUGCUAUGCAAUUCAGCUUUAUGGCUUGCUUCUGGAAAAGAACGAUCAUUAGCAUAUUUACUAGUUGAUGAAGGAUAUGAUGUCUGGCUUGGAAACGUUCGGGGAAAUACAUAUGGACUUAAUCAUGUUAAUUUGACAACAGAUGAUACUGAAUUUUGGGACUUUAGCUAUCAUGAGAUGGCCAUAUAUGAUCUUCCUGCAAUCAUUUAUUACAUUCAAGCCUCAACCAACCAAUAUCCAUUCUAUAUUGGUCACUCUCAAGGCACAGUAUUAUUUUUUGUACUUGGAAUCUUACGACCAGAUGUUGCAAAUUCAUUGAAGCUGCCAAUAUCUUUAGCACCAGUUGCUUACAUAGGCCAUAUUAUUGGUCCACUUCAGCGAUUUGCUUUAUAUUGUGUAGCAGCAUUGUACAGAGUAGUACAAAUUUUCACUAAUGUGCAAACCUUUUUCACUCCAAGUUGGCGGUUGUCCAUUUUUUUACUUAAAUUAUUCUGUGCAGUGUUAUCAUUAGGAAAUUAUAAUUGUUUGAAUGUAGUGUCCAGUUUUCUUGGAUAUGAAAGACCUGAAUUAUUCGACAUGACCAUAUUACCAGCAAUAGUAACUAAUUUUCCCGCUGGAACUUCCGCAAAAAAUAUGUAUUUUUACGCACAACAUACAAUGUCCGGUCGUUUCAAUCUAUAUGAUUAUGGUGAAGCAACCAAUUUGAAACUCUACAAUUCUUCAACACCUCCAGAAUAUGAUUUGAAAAAAAUCACUCAACCCAAUGGGAUAUUUUUGGGGGACUCUGAUAUUUUUGUCAAGUUUCCGGAUUUGAAUAAACUAUUGCAAUUAGUGCCUAAUAUCGUUGUUCAACAUGUCGUGAAUGCUUCAGGAUUUACACAUAUGGAUUUCGUAUGGGGAGCAAAGUCAAGAGAUUUAGUUUAUAAUCAUGUGUUGAAGCUUGUUUAUGAAUAUAAUAAUCAAUAAAACCUCACAAAUUGAAGUUCUCUUAAUUCUCCAUAGAUUUUGGAUUUUAGAAUUUAUCUCUUAGAUUAUAGCUGUUAUAUCCAUAUGUAUUUUUUUUAUAAAUUUACCUGUAUAAUCGCUCGAUUUUUAUAUUUGAUAAAAGUACGUAUGAAUAUUG